AUCACAUUUCCUACGCAUAACGCAUGGCAUAGCUCGAGCUUGCAAUUGGAAUGAUCAGAAACAAGAACAAGCAACAGUCGACACACGCGCGAUGUCACGUGAGUCAGGACCCGCCAAAAUUAUUAAUGGAGAAACAAUAAUAAAAGAAGAAUAAUAACUGGGUAAUCUCUGACUCAUCACGUUCUUCUCUAAUAUCUUUCUUCACGCAUAUGGUGGUGUUCCUAUUCUACUGUCACUUCUCAUCUCCAAAACCCUACCCUCUCUCCACCAAUGGAUUCUCCCACCACCAACAAUCACAACCACAUCCACACUCACCACCUCAACGGCGCCUCCACCAUUUCCCAACCAUCCAAGAAGCCUAAGCUCUUAUCAUCAUCCUUCAUCACUCCCGCCGAGAUUCACGAGGAAUUCUCCCACCACGACCCCUCCGUCGCCCGCAUCAACAACGGCAGCUUCGGCUGCUGUCCCGCCUCCGUCAUCGCCGCCCAGCACCGCUCCCAGCUCCACUACCUCCGCCAGCCCGACAACUUCUACUUCAACGAACUCAAGAAAGGGAUCCUCCAAUCCCGCACCAUUAUCAAGGACCUCGUCAACGCCAAACACGUCGAUGAGAUCUCCAUCGUCGACAACGCCACCACCGCCGCCGCCAUCGUCCUCCAGCACACCGCUUGGUCCUUCCACGAAGGAACCUUCCAGAAGGGCGACGUUGUCCUCAUGCUCCAUUACGCUUACGGCGCCGUCAAAAAGUCCAUGGAGGCCUACGUCACCCGCGCCGGAGGCCACGUCAUCGAGGUACCCCUCCCUUUCCCCGUCGCUUCCAACGAUCCGGUGAAGGAAUUGGUUCAGAUUUGUAGGGAGGAAGGGGUUGAAAAGGUUUUUAUUGAUGCUGCACAUUCAAUUGGGUGUGUUGAUGUUGAUAUGGAAGAGAUUGGUGCUGAUUUUUAUACCAGCAAUUUGCAUAAGUGGUUCUUUUGCCCUCCUUCCAUUGCGUUUUUGUAUACAAGGAAAAUCCCUAAGGGGGGUUCUGAAUUGCACCACCCUGUGGUGUCUCAUGAAUACGGCAAUGGCUUGGCUGUGGAGAGUGCUUGGAUUGGGACCAGGGACUAUAGUGCCCAAUUGGUGGUUCCUGCUGCUUUGGAAUUCGUGAAUCGGUUCCAAGGGGGAAUCGAAGGGAUCAAGAAGAGGAACCAUGAUGCUGUUGUGGAGAUGGGGGAAAUGCUUGCCCAAUCAUGGGGGACGCACCUUGGGAGUCCUCCGGAUAUGUGCGGUAGCAUGAUCAUGGUGGGUUUGCCUACUUCUUUGGGGAUUGCUUGUGAUGAUGAUGCUCUUGGGUUAAGGGUGCAUUUAAGGGAACAGUUUGGGGUUGAAGUCCCUAUAUACUAUCGGCCGCCGAGAGAUGGCGAAGUCGGGUGUGUAACUGGAUAUGCCCGGAUUUCUCAUCAAGUCUACAACAAAGUUGAUGACUAUCACAAGUUCAGGGAUGCAGUUAACCAACUUGUCAAUAAUGGUUUUACCUGUGCUCUCCUUUCAGGCUAAAGAGUUAGUAAAAGCUUCAAAGUAGUUUUAUGACGAAUAAAACUGGAUGGUUCUGCGGCUGCUCACGAGCUGGAUUUGUUGUAAUGGUUUCGGUACCAUGAACUCCAGGUUGUGUAGAGAAACUGCAGAAAAUGUUCAUCUUUGCUUUGCUGCAUCGUUCCCUGGGGAUUAACUUCAAUGUUGAUGAGGUCAUGUAUUGAUCAUUGUAAAUAUAAUCCUGAUUCUCAGAUGGUUUGAUGCUUUUGACCUUCACUAUGCCAAUUGAAGUUUUAAGUUUAGCUCAAUGCCAAUUUUUCCACUGUAUAUCUACCAUGCCAUGUUCAUUUCUCCACCAUUGAUGAAGCUGUGGGGAUUUGAUCGUAGGUCAUGUUGAUCCUAAUUUCCUAAUCCUUUCACUACAAUUGCA